GGGCCCACACGUUCGGGUCAGUUUUAGGAUACAAAGGACUGACCCGACAAAAACAAGAACUCUUCAAAACUCACACCACUCGCACGGUAAAACUAACUCACCAAGCACAACACAACACAGAAGCUUUCUGGAUCGUUGUAAUUCGUAACUGACUUGGUGUUUUAUGAUAACAUUAUUAUUUCCGACUUCGUAUUGGUGAGGUGGAACUUGGGGGAUACUUGGCCAUUUUUUGAGAAGUUCCUCAAACGGUUCGGCAUUGCAAUUUGCCUAGUGGUAUAGUUUUAAAGGCCAACAGGAGCAAAUAUUUAUUCUAGAAAAGACGAAAGCUACAUCAGCUAGCUUUUAAGACAUAAUCUACGGGAACUCGGGUGGAAUUUAGAAUUUGGAUUGGUUUGUAUGUGAUGGUGGGCUUUGCUGAAGGGCUUUAAUGGAGAACACAGAUUCAGAUGAGCCAAAGAAAAAGCUAGCCCGUCUGGACUCUCUUCCAUUGCCCAUGGCUCGCCACUCAACUAAUUCCCCAGAUAACAACAAAUCUGUUAGUGCAGCAGUUCUUCAGUAUCGGAAUCAGAAACUUGUUCAGAAAUUAGAUGUACAGAAGCAUGAGUUGCACAAUCUUGAAGCCAGAAUAAAAGAACUCAAGGACAAACAGGCCUCAUAUGACGAGAUAUUAAUCACAGUGAACCAACUAUGGAAUCAGUUGGUUGAUGAUUUAAUUUUUCUUGGCGCACGUGCCGGGGCAGGGAAAAGUACGAUGCAGAUGUUGGAUCAUGCAGACCGUGUCAGAGGUUCAGUUCCAUCAUGCCCCCCAGAGGAGAUGUUUCUUUGUAGAUUGUUAGAAUUAAGCUGUGGCAGUGAUGGAUCUCUAAAUAUUAAAGAAGCCCUUACUUCUCGCCAUUCUGCAACUCUAGAAAUGAUGAAAUUCUUGCAUGAUACUAUUGAGGCACAAAGAGACAAAGCUGAAAGCAUAAGUCAGGUUUUGCUUGGGAAGCCAUCUAGGGAAGAUGUUGUUAUGCAGUUGUCUAAGAUUGACAAUAUGAUGAAAGAGGAGGCUAAUAAUCUGCGUGAGGUGAUUGAUAUUUUACACUUGAAGCAUAAGGAAUAUGCUGAUGAGGUUCAGGCUUGUAUUGGUGGUCACUCAGUGGAUCAAUUAGAUAUUAAACGUCUCUCAGGUGAGCUGGAAGAGAGCAUGGCUGAACUCGAAGAAAGUAGAAGAAGACUGGUUAACCUUAAAAUGCAGAAGGAUGCGGCAUCUAGUGUGCAUAGUCUUGUUUCGGGGGCCGUUAAUGGAAGUUUGUCACCAGAGAAGCAUAGAGAUAAGUCUAUGGGUUUACGAGAGUUGAAAGAUUCAAUUGAGGAAACAAAGAUAUUGGCAGCUGAUCGUUUUACUGAGCUACAAGAUGCACACGAGGAUAAUUUAAUUCUGUCCAAACAGCUGCAAGUUCUUCAGAAUGAACUAAAUGAUGAUAAGUAUGUCCAUUCAUCCCGGCAAUAUACUUCACUGAAUGACCAGCUCCAACAUUGGUCUGCCGAAGCAGAACGGUACAAAAUGUUGACAGAUACACUGCAGGCUGACAGGUCUUUGGUCAUGAGAAGGGAGAAAGAAUUAAAUGGAAAAGCAGAAGCUGUAGAUGUUGCGAAAACUGGAAUUAGUAAUGCUGAAUCUAAGAUUGCGGAACUUGAGCAGAAAUUGCAAAAUUGUGUCACUGAGAAUAAUGAGUUGGAGAUUAAAAUGGAAGAAACUUUGGAAGAUUCAGGAAGAAAAGAUAUUAAGACCGAAUUUCAUGUGAUGGCAUCGGCUCUUUCUAAAGAAUUGGGACUGAUGGAAUCUCAGUUGACUCGGUGGAAGGAGACAGCUGAUGAAGCCCUUAAUUUACGUGAAAAUGCCCAGUCACUAAAAACCUUAUUGAAUGAAAAGACUAGUGAAAAGAAGAAUUUGGAAGCUAAAUGUACUGAGCAAAUGGCUAAAAUCAAAUCUCUGAAGGAAGUUAGUGAGAAAUUGCAGAAGGAGAAACAGGAAUUGCUAAUUUUUCUGGACAUGCUAGGACAACAAAUACAUGACAAUAGAGAUGUGAGGGAAAUUAAAGAAUCAGAGAAAAGAGCUCUUUCUCAAGCAGCUGUUUUGAGAAAUGCUUUAGAAGAACACGGUUUAGAGUUGAGGGUGAAAGCUGCAAAUGAAGCACAGGCAGCUUGCCUACAAAGAUUAUCUGCUGCAGAAUCUGAAAUAGCUGAUUUGAGGGCCAAACUUGAUGCUGUUGAAAGAGAUGUUCGGGAGCUCACAGAGGCUAUCAAAAUCAAAGAUGGAGAGACGGAGGCUUAUAUAUCUGAGAUCGAGACUAUUGGUCAAGCUUAUGAAGAUAUGCAGACACAAAACCAACAUUUGGUACAGCAGGUUACUGAGAGAGAUGAAUACAAUAUUAAGCUGGUUUCCGAGAGUGUGAAGACAAAGCAGGCACAAAAUUUCCUACUUUCAGAGAAGCAAGCACUGGCAAAGCAACUUCAACAAGUCAGUGCAGUGUUGGAAUCUUUGAAAGUGAGGAUAGCUCAUGGUGAACAACAGAUGAAAGUUUCAAUUGUGGAAGCUUUGACAUCUACUCAAGAGGAUAGACAACUUGCAGUAAACUUGGAAAAAGCAAGGUGGGAACUUUCAGAUGCUGAGAAGGAAUUGAAGUGGCUGAAAUCUGCAGUUUCCUCGUCUGAGAAGGAAUAUGAGCAGGUCCAGCGAAAGUGGGACGAAAUUCAAAAGGAACUGGACAUUGAAAAAAGUGAGAGGAAGAAGCUUGAUGAUGAGCUCGUUGAACUAAAUGGAAAAGUGGAUGAGAUUAGUUCAGAAACUGGGGAGGCUGCCAUUCAGAAGCUCCAGGAUGAAAUUAAGGAUUGCAAGGGUAUUCUCAAAUGUGGAGUGUGUUUUGAUAGACCUAAAGAGGUGGUUAUUGUCAAGUGCUAUCAUCUAUUUUGCAAUCCCUGCAUUCAAAGAAAUCUAGAGAUCCGACAUCGGAAGUGUCCAGGUUGUGGAACUGCAUUUGGACAAAGUGAUGUUCGUUUUGUGAAGAUCUAAAAGAGCUUCCAACUGUGGGUCUCUGUGGAGUCGGUUUUGUAUCAAAUCAAAGAAACAGACACAAUUAGUUCUCUUUGAUAUAGAAAAGGGAUAGUCUUGUAUCCCUUGUGCAGUUGCUAAUGCUGAUGUUAGUUCUCCAUUGUUAACAUAUCUUUAUGAUGUAUGUAUAUGAAAUUGUUCAUCUGAAUUGUUAGCUAGCUGAAUGGAAAGGUAGAAAUUACUAGUGAACCUCACUUCUGUAGCAGUUGGUAGCUCAAAGUUUUUUCAAGAUAUCUUUUUUUUUU